GUCAGGGUAUGGGGCGUGGCCUUCUAAGUGGGAGGGGCGUUUUGUUCCCGGCUCUGUCCCACUGGGGCUUGGGAUCAGGAUUUGCGUGCGCGUGCGCGCGCUGGCUCUAGCGCUCCGGGCCGGGUCUGGAAUGAUGGAGGAAGCUGAGGCGACCAAGCAGUGAGCCGAGCCCGCGGAAAGAACCUGCAUGGAUUCGUCCUCCACGGGGCGCCGCCGGAGGCGGCGGCUGCUGCGGCUGCUGGGCUUGCUGCUGCUUGCCUGUCUGGGGCCGGCACUGGGAGCGGCGCAGGCAGGUUUUCAGCAGACCUCACAUCUGUCUUCCUAUGAAAUUAUAACACCCUGGAGAUUAGUUAGAGAAAGGAGAGAGGCCCCUAGGCCCUAUUCAGCACAGGAUCAGGUGUCUUAUGUCAUUCAAGCCGAAGGAAGGAAACAUAUUGUUCACCUGGAAAGAAAUAAGGGACUAUUACCCAAAGAUUUCGUAGUUUAUACCUACAGUGAGGAGGGGUCUCUGCUCUUGGAUUAUCCUGACGUGGAGGACCAUUGCCAUUAUCGGGGCUAUGUGGAAGGUAUCCCAAAUUCAUCUGUUGCACUUAGCAUUUGUUUUGGGCUCAGGGGAUUACUACAUUUGGAGAGUACCAGCUAUGGAAUUGAACCUCUAAAAUCUAGUUCUCAUUUUGAGCACCUCAUUUAUCGACUAGACAAUGUUCAGCAAGAACCUCUGGCUUGUGGAGUAACUACUAAAGACUUGAAGAAAGAAACCACAGAAAAUAAAGAGAGAAAGGAAUUACAGAAACAAUCUCUUAGCAUGACUCAGCUGCUGAGGAAAAAAAGAGCCGUCCUUCCACACACCAGAUAUGUGGAGCUUUUCAUAGUUGUAGACAAAGAAAAGUAUGACACGAUGGGUAGUAAUCAAACUGCUGUGAGGGAAGAAAUGGUUCAUUUAGCAAACUACUUGGAUAGUAUGUACAUUAUGUUAAAUAUCCAUAUCGUAUUAGUUGGGCUAGAGAUUUGGACAAACUCAAACCAAAUUAGUACAGCUGGAAGUGCUGGUGAUGUGUUGGGGAAUUUUGUACAGUGGCGAGAAAAGUCACUGAUUACACGUCGGAGACAUGACAGUGCGCAGUUAGUUCUGAAGAAGGGCUUUGGAGGGACUGCAGGAAUGGCAUUUGUGGGAACAGUAUGUUCAAGAAGCCAUGCAGGAGGCAUUAAUGUGUUUGGACAAAUCAGUGUGGAGACCUUUGCAUCCAUUGUUGCUCAUGAGUUGGGACAUAACCUGGGAAUGAACCAUGAUGAUGGAAGAAACUGCAGUUGUGGAGCAAAGAGUUGCAUCAUGAAUUCAGGAGCAUCAGGUUCCAGAAACUUUAGUAGUUGCAGCGCAGAUGACUUUGAGAAUCUGACUUUAAAUAAAGGAGGAACCUGUCUACUUAAUAUUCCAAAAUCUGAUGAAGCCUACAGUGCCCCUUAUUGUGGUAAUAAAAUAAUAGAUCUGGGGGAAGAAUGUGACUGUGGUUCUCCAAAGGAAUGUGAAUUGGACCCUUGCUGUGAAUCAAGUACUUGUAAGCUCAAAUCAGGUGCUGAAUGUGCAUAUGGUGACUGUUGUAAAAACUGUCGGUUCCUUCCAGGAGGUACUCUAUGUCGGCAGAGUGCCAAUGAGUGUGAUCUCCCAGAGUAUUGUAAUGGCUCAUCUCAGUUCUGUCAGCUAGAUGUUUAUGUUCAAAAUGGACACCGAUGCCAGAACAAUAAAGCCUAUUGUUACAGUGGCAUGUGUCAGUUUUAUGAUGCUCAGUGUCAAGUCAUCUUUGGCUCAAAAGCAAAAGCUGCUUCAGAGGAUUGCUUUAUUGAAGUAAACUCUAAAGGUGAUAGAUUUGGCAACUGUGGUUACCAUGGCAAUGGAUAUAGAAAAUGUUCUGCUGGGAAUGCUUUGUGUGGAAAGCUUCAGUGUGAAAAUGUGCUAGGUAUGCUGCCUGUGUUUGGGAUUGUCCCUGCAGUCAUUCAUACUUUAAUUGGGGGCACUACAUGUUCAGGUGUGGAUUUCCAAUUAGGAUCAGAUGUGCCUGAUCCUGGCAUGGUGAAUGAAGGCACACAAUGUGAUGAUGGAAAGAUCUGUAGAAAUUUCCAAUGUGUAAAUGCCUCUGUUCUGAACUAUGACUGUGAUGUAGAGAAAAAAUGCAAUGGACGAGGGGUGUGUAAUAACAACAAGAACUGUCAUUGUAACAUGGGCUGGGCUCCCCCAUAUUGUGAGAAUACAGGGUAUGGAGGAAGUGUGGACAGUGGACCUACUUACAAUGAUAAAGACACUUCACUUCGGGAUGGGCUUUUAGUGUUUUUCUUCCUAAUUAUUCCCCUUCUUGUAUUUGCUGCCUUUGUCUUCCUUAAGAGGGAUCAGAUUCGAAGAAGAUUCUUCAGAAAGAAAAGAUCCCAAACAUAUGAAUCAGAUGGAAAAAAUCAAACGAAUGUUUCUAGACCACCAGUGAAUGCCACUCGAAAUGCCCCUCCAGUAAAUAGCCCCAGAGAUGCUGCUGUUUACACAAACAGGUUUCCAGUACCAACUUAUGCAGCCAAACAGCCUCACCAAUUCCCAUCAAGGCCACCUCCACCACAACCAAAAGUAUCAUCUCAGGGAAACUUUGUUCCUACUCGUCCUGCGCCUGCAGCCCCUGUUAAAAGAUUCCUUUAGUGUUUCUUUCUUUCUUUGUAUAAAAGACAUCUUCAGGAAACUGAGUUGUUCAUAUUAUUUUUUGCCAUUUUGGGAAGAAUUUCAUCUUGCAACAAGCUUAAAAGAAAACAAGCUACCAAAUAUGGAAAUACUCAAGAAAUGAACCACUAAUAACUAAGUGAAAAAGGAUGUCAGCAUGCAAUAAUGUAAGAAAAUGCAAUAAGUCAAGGUUUCCAGAGCAAAUAAUUUCCAUUUUUUCAUGACUAGGCCUAAUUAGGUCAUCUGAGAAGUGUGGCAUUAUAACAUUAAGUAGUUUUAGCUAAUCAUGAACAGAUCAUUAGUGUUUAUAAUCUUCAAAUUAGUUGGAAAUCAUUUUUAAGUUUUCCCAUUUCAUAAUGUGAUUCUGAAGUCUUCACUGUGGUUGUUAUAAUCCAGAUUCUUGUACAACAUAAACUGAAAACACCAUGUUGUAAAGUAAUAGAAAUCAGAAAAUCUUGUAACCUAAAAAAAUCAGAUCUUUUUUAUCUUGCAUGAACUGAUUAUCAUUACUGUCUUAAAGACAUGAGAUGAAGUUAAAUGUCAAUUAUUUUCAAUGAAAUAUAAAAAUACAUGCUCUAAAUGUGUAUAUAUAGAUACACUUGUUAUAAUAAUUCCAUGUUGAUAGUCUUUUGAACUAUAGACAAUGGAUAUUAUUAGAAAACUUCGUUUAAAUGUGUUUCUAAUGUUAAUCAUGGUAAUCCUUACUAGACUGGAAACCUUUUUCAUUAGCAUUAAUAUUUCAAAUGGGACAUAAAAGGUACGAAGAAUAGCAAUUUUUAAUAGAUUUUGUCUAUUAAAACAGUUGGAGGAUUUAAAGAAAGGGAAACUCAAUGGAUUUCAGUCGUAUAAUGGCAGAUUGAGUGGCCCUGCUGCAGUGGAAUUGAAAAGAUUAUACCAAGAACUUCAGAUUCGGAAUCAACUUAAUCAGGAACAGAAUUCAAAACUUCAGCAGCAGAAGGAACUUUUAAAUAAACGUAAUAUGGUGGUUGCUAUGAUGGACAAACGAAUCAAUGAACUGCGUGAGCGUCUUUAUGGGAAAAAAAAUUCAGUUAAACCGGGUUAAUGGAACAUCAUCACCACAGUCAUCCCUGAGUGCAUCUGGAAGAAUAGCAGCAGUGGGGCCUUAUAUACAAGUUCCUAGUGCUGGAACUUAUUCUGUACCAGGUGACCCAGUAAAACCACAGUUUCUUACUAUUGCUUCAAAUGCAGGUCAUGGAAGAUCUAAGUCUGCUAAUGAUGGAAACUGGUCAGCAUCAAAACAAAACUCAAACGCUUCAGUAAAACCAAUUCAAACAGCUAAUGUGGAAUGGAAGGAAUCAAGCAUGGAUGGGGCUUUCAAGCAAGUAACAAUAUCAAGCCAACCUCUCCCCUUAUCAGCAGUAGCAAGCACUGAAAAGCUGGGCAUUGAUAUUGGAAAAGCAUCAUCCUCUAUUCCGGGUACAAGUAAACAGUUGCCUCCGAACUAUGGAACGUAUCCAAGCCCUGUUCCUUUGGGGCCAGGAUCCACAAAUUCUUUGGAACGGAGAAAAGAUGGCAGCCUCCCCAGAUGUGGCACAGGCGUAACGAAUUGGCAGAAACCUGCUCCCCUACCCUCUUCAAGCAACAUACACCAGCCUAGUUCUUCACAACAGAUUCAGCAGAGGAUUUCUGUACCUCCAAGUCCUACAUGUGGGGGUCAGAAUAGAAAACAGAAAUCAUUGCAAUAUCUUCAAUGAAGUAAUAUGUUACGAAGACACUUGAGAAUUUCAUGCGCACUUUAAAAUUGUUAAAUCUAAAAUAAACUUUUAACUAACAAUUGAA